AUGGCCGUGAUGAAUUUUGCCGUUUUGUUAAAAUUUGGUUAGCUUAGAACUUUGAGUACUAUAGGAAAAAAUAUCAUUUUUAAAGUAUCCUAAAAGUUUAUUUGUCUUCUGAACUUCUGAAAUAUAAUUCUAAAGUAGUGUAAUGAAAUAAAAUAAUAUAGGGUAUUCUCUAUUUACAGCUGUUUGAGUGUAAAUUCAGUGGCAGAUUUAUAUCCUUGUUAAAUGCACCACAUCAAAACUUAUUUGCUUUUUAUGUAAAAGAAAACAAAACAAUCUAUAUACAACUGUAGAAAAACAUCAUAUUUAAUUACGUGAUACACUUGUUCAUUCAUUUUUUCAAUUUACUUGUCAUGGAAGAAAAUGAUGCCGGUUUGAAUGAGUCUGAACUUGGAACCAAAGAAUAUUGGGUGGAACAUUACAAAACGGAAGUUGAAAACUUCAAGGAAUAUGGUGAUGUAGGAGAAAUUUGGUUUGGUAAUUCUACCCUCAGAGAUGUUAUAAAAUGGUUUCAGAGCAAUUCAAAAGUAAAUCAUGAUGAGCCGAUAAUUGAUUUGGGUUGUGGAAACGGAAUGACUCUCAUCAACCUGGCGAAACUGGGCUACACAAACUUGACGGGUGUCGACUACAGUCAAGAAGCAAUUGACUUGGCCUCAUCAAUUAUGGAUGGGCAUCAAUUGUCAGGAAUCAAGUACCAGGUUGCUGAUCUGAUUUCCGACAACGAUGUCACCACACUGGGAGUUUUCAAAGCGGUUUUCGACAAGGGCACCUACGAUGCUAUCAGCCUUUCGCCUAACGAUGCUCUAACCAAGAGGGACGCGUACAGAAACAACGUGUGCAAACUACUCAUGGAGUCCGGUUUAUUUGUUAUCACCUCUUGCAACUGGACUGAGAACGAGCUGAAGCACUUCUUCUCAAAUUUGUCAUUCGUUGCAACCAUUCCAAGUUCAAAGCAAUUCGAGUUUGGAGGAAAGGUUGGCAGCACUACCUCAACAUUGGUCCCGUCUAUAGACUGGUCGCACACUCCGGCAUCAGAUCCUUUGCAGGUGUGAGAAGUGCCUACAUAGAAGUGUGUGCCUUAGUAGCGUGCGCUGAUAGGACGAUCGAGUCCUGUGGACAUAGACCGUCGUUCGAGAACGUCUCCUCCCGUACACAGGUCAAGAACGUUAACAUCCACACGGAGUCCCUCAACAUUACCAC